AUGCAAAAAAAAAAUUACAAAAUCUUGUUAGAUGUCAGUCUAUCUGCACUGGAUGACCAAAUAAGAAAACUAAAGGACAAACACAGAAGACAGACCACCACAAAGGAUGUGGUUGUUGAACUGGCAGUGUAUACUGACAGCAAAUACACAGAAAGACUUCGAUCUAAGGACACUGCAAGGAGAAUUGAACUUAUGAUCGUAAAAUAUAACGGGGUACAGAUGGAAUAUUCUAGAUCGGAUGCUCUCGGAUACAAUGUAAAAAUCCAGAUUAAAUAUUUUGGUUUUUGGGAGAAGGAUCCGUCCUUUUACUCAACACAUUAUCACCUUGGGAAAAUCAUGGAUUCAUUUUGUGUAGGCAUGCGCAAGAGUCCCAUAAAUUAUGAUAUCUUCUAUAUGCAUACUGGGGAGACGCCAACUAACAUUGAUGGUAGUGCCUUUCAGUCUUCUGCUUGUAAUCCACUUUACCAUUGUGGUAUCGAUAGUUUGCCAGUAUUAGCACACACAGGUACAGCCCACGAGCUAGGACACAGUAUGGGAAUGCGGCAUGACGAUGAAGUAGGAUGUACUGGAAGUGACAGAGGUGUGAUGGGAGGACAAGGGACAGGCUGGAGUUCCUGCAGUAUCAGAGACUUUGAUAAAUUUCUACAUUUUUUGCUUGCUUUUGCCAAUAUUCUAGGUCAGAUGCACAGUGCAGACGAAUUAUGUGAGAUGCAGUAUGGCCCUAAUUUUCACUUCCGUAAUUUUUACUUUCUUGGGGAUUGCGAGGCUUUAUAUAGCUGUGCAGACUUGAACGAAGGAAAUUUAUUUGGACAAAUGAUUACGUCAUCAACGCACACUCUAAAUGGAAUAUAUUGUGGAACAGGCAAAAUAUGUUUCAAUCGGAGAUGCGCGACAUUUGAAGAGGUCAAAAUGAAACCAGGUGUUGUCAGGCCCGGGGGAUGGGGACCUUGGGCAGAUUGGCAGCCCUGUUCCAGGACUUGUGGGACAGGGUUAACCUACAGGAGGAGAUUCUGCAACAAUCCAAGUCCUUUUAACCAUCCAGGCUGUGAAGGUGGAGAUGACAAUGGAUAUGAAGCCAGGACUUGCAAUCCCGAGCCUUGCCCUAACGACAGUUCCGACAUAAACACGCUUAUUAAUCAGCGGGCGUCUGAAACCUGCAGUAGAUUGUUAAAGAAUAAAGUAUUGGACUCUACAAAGUACACAUCGGUUGGAAGGAAAAUGAACUCUAAUGGGCAUAUGAAAUGCGAGGUGUCAUGUGCUGCGGUGUCGGGAUACACUACUCCUUCUUUUACAAGGUUUGGCUUAAUGCCCCAAGGUACCCCGUGCCAAGGGCCCGCUGAAAAGAACUACAGAUGUUUGGACGGCUAUUGUAGGUUUUUUGGUUGUAACGGAGAGCUCAACGGUAAAUAUGACAUCUGCGGUGUUUGUAAAGGAGAUAAUUCUACGUGUAAAGUAAAUGGAGUGUAUACGGAGAGAACAGCACGAGGUACAAGGAAGACAAUUACAGAGAUACCCGCUGGAGCGAUUAACAUACGUUUCUGGUUUGACUGGCUAGGAGUUAUGAGGGAAAACUAUGUAGAAAUCUACAACAAAGACGGACUUGUAAUUCUGUCCAGCUUUAAACAGUGGAUUUGGGAUACGACAAAGAACCCCACAAAUUUCGCGGGUACGUAUUGGAUGUAUACUUGGUGGCGUCAGGACCUGUACGCUAAAGGGCCUCUCACAGAACCUGUCAUCAUCAAGCACUACAGACAUGGUGACAAGAAUAAUACUGGCAUUAACUAUACGUAUACUGUACCAAAAUCUGCUAAAACUUGUCAAGGACAGUGCGCUAAUGGUGGAACAUUUAACACAAAGAUCUGCUCCUGUGACUGCCCCAAUGGAUUUUAUGGACCGCAGUGCAACAGUCGCUGUAAUAUAUACUGCUUUAACGGAGCAACAGUAGAUCAGUCUAACUGCGCAUGUCAGUGCAAGGAACACCAGACCGGAAGUCAGUGUAAAUGUGAGGCUGGAUAUGGUGGCGAAGAUUGUAAAACGAAAAUUUAGGAUAUACUUUUUCUUGAAGAUACAUGUAUCAUUGAAAAUAAAAAGUAUUCUAU